AUGGCGCCCCGACUAGAGGGCGCCACGUCAUCACACCACUCCGUAGGUGCCCAAUCGCAGAAGCAUCAGCAGCUGACGCGCCUCGUUCCUAAAAAAACCUACAAGCCGCUGCUAAGCCUUGAGGUCUUUUACACAGGCGGCCACGUGGCAGUCUUUCCGGAUGGACGCCACGUGGCAUGUCCUUGCGCUGACGCGGUAAAGGUCGUCGAUCUCACCACGGGGAAGGUCGUGCGGACGUUGGAGGGCGACGGAGAGCCAAUCACAGCCGUCGCCGCGAGUCCAGAUGGCGUGUCCGUAUUGGCCAGCUCGCGCAGCCUGCAGACGCGCUGGUGGAACUGGCGCACGGGGGAGUGCAAGCGGUCGUGGAAGGCGCACCCCGCCCCAGUGUCGUGUCUGGCGAUAGACGCGAGCGGGGGGCUGCUGGCGACAGGGGGGGCGGACAGGGGCGUGCGCGUGUGGGACCUAGAAGCCAAUGCCUGCACGCAUUCGUUCACGGGCAUGGGAGGCGUGCUGUCGUGCGUGGCGUUUCACCCCGACCCGAACCAAUUGCUGCUGGUGGGCGCGUCAGAGAGCGGAUUAGUGCGAGUGUGGGAUCUGGUGACCAAGCGCCCAGCAGCCUCUCUGGACAAGCACUUCUCUACAGUCACCUCCAUCGCCUUCUCGCCCUCUGGCUGGCUGCUGCUCACUGCUUCCCGGGAUAAGGUGGUCAACAUAUGGGACAUUCACACCUGCGCGCACGUCACCACGAUUCCUGUUUUUUUAUCGAAUAAACACCCCUUUCCUUCUCCCACGCACCCCGCCCCCCCCCUCCUCCCACGCCCACCUUUUCCUCUGUCUCAGGUGGUCAACAUAUGGGAUAUUCGCACCUAUGCCCAUGUCACCACCAUCCCCGUUUUUGAGUCCCUCGAAGGCCUCGCUAUAGUCACACCGCCUAUAGCUCCAGACUUUCCUGUCAUCCCCCCCACCUCUGCUUCUGCCACUGCUGGGGCGGAUGCAGGCGGGGGAAAAGGGGAGAAGGGGGAGAAAGGGAAGAAAGGGGAGAAGGGGAAGAAGAGUCGGGAGGAGAUGGGGGAGAAAGAGGUGGUAUGGUUUGUGAGUGUGGGAGAGAAGGGUGUGAUGCGGUUGUGGCGGUCAGACAAGUCAACGGCGGUCUUGGAGCAACGGGCAGCUGAGGUGGCGGGCGGGCAGCAGAAAACAGGCACGGAGGCCAAUGACGAAGCGCCAGCUGGCGGCGGGUUUUUGUCUGCACAGUUUUUGGGCUUGGAUGGAGGAGGAGGGGGAGUAGGGGAAGGGAGAGGAGGAGAAGGGGGAGUGGGGGGAGGAAAGGGAGGAUGCAGGCUAUUGUGUACCACUGCAGAUCAGCGGUUGUUGAUAUACCAGCCUGUCAACGUGACUGUAACGAAGCAGCAGCAGCAGCUGCAGCAGCAGUUUCUUGCCAUGUGUCAGCAGCUGAUUGGUCAGAACGACGAGAUCGUGGACGUGCGAUUCGUCCUUGACCCUUCCUCUUCAUCUAUCGCUGCAGUGGGAGGGGCAGAUGAGGAGGAAGAGACUGAGAGAGCAGGUGGGGGGAGGGAGGGAGAGGAGGGGGAGGGCGGAGAGGACGGAGGGGAGGGGAUAAGGAAGGCGUUGAGAGGGGUGGAGAGGAAUCUGCAGCUGGCCGUGGCGACCAACAGCGAGCAAGUGCGCGUGUACGACGUGGCGACCGCCAGCUGUCACCGUUCCCUGAUUGGCCACUCGGACAUCAAACGUAAUUUUGCAUGGCACAUGCCUUCCCAUGUAUCCUCCCUUCUCCUGGUUACCCUGCCCCCCACCUGCCCUCAUCCCACCCAUCCCUUCCCAUCCCUCUCAUCCCUUCCCACCCAUCCCGUCCCACCCAUCCCGUCCCACCCAUCCCUUCCCACCCAUCCCGUCCCACCCAUCCCUUCCCACCCAUCCCGUCCCACCCAUCCCUUCCCACCCAUCCCUUUCCACCCAUCCCGUCCCAACCAUCCCUUCCCACCCAUCCCGUCCCACCCAUCCCUUGCCUUGCCACCCAUCCCUUUCCACCCAUCCCAUCCCAACCAUCCCUUCCCACCCAUCCCUUCCCACCCAUUCCUGGCCAAUCAGGUGCGGGUUUGGGACGUCACCACCGGCAACUGUCUAGCAAUGGGGUCAGGACACGUGGCAGCUGUUGCUGCCGUGGCGUUUUCUCAGAGACCGCUGCCAGAUCAGCCAACAGGAGGGAAAGGGGGAGGAGCAGGGCCGUUCUUGGUAUCUGGUUCAAGUGACCGCACACUCAAAGUCUGGCCGCUCGCACUCCUCCUCGCCUCCUCAGCAGCAGCGCUGCCUCGCGGGAGGGGCGGCGUGCUUCGUCUCAAGUCAGGUGCAACAAUGGCAGCACACGACAAGGACAUUAACGCUGUAGCUGUGGCGCCCAAUGAUGGCCUCGUGUGCUCCGGCUCCCAGGACCGCACGGCCAAGGUGUGGCGCCUGCCUGAUUUGUCCCUUUCUGUCACACUAAGGGGCCACAAGCGUGGCGUGUGGUCUGUCGCCUUCUCUCCUGUGGAUCGCUGUGUGCUCACGGCUUCAGGCGACGCCACGUGCCGCAUCUGGGCGCUGGCGGAUGGCAGCUGCUUGCGGACGCUUCAAGGGCACGAAGCAUCGGUUCUGAAGGCCAUCUUUGUGACUCGAGGCACCCAGGUGGUGUCGACGGGAGCGGACGGGCUGCUGAAGCUGUGGAGUGUGAAGGGUGGGGAGUGUGUCAACACGUUUGACGAGCACGAGGAUAAGAUAUGGGCGCUAGCAGUGAGUCCAGGGUCAGAGAUGCUGGCGACAGGUGGCAGCGACUCUUUGGUGCACGUGUGGCAGGACUGCACGCAGCAGGAGCAGCAAGAGGCCGCCCUGGAGCAGGUCAAGGCAGUACAGCAGGAGCAGGCGAUGCGCAACGCAGCUGUAGCGGAGGACUAUGUGACGGCGCUACAGCUGGCGCUGCAGCUGCAGCGACCCGCCACCAUGGCCGCCCUGCUCUCUGACCUCAUGAAGAAGGAGGGGGCGGAGGAGAGGAUAGGAGGGGCGGUAGCAGGGUUGGAACCUUCACAGCUGCGGCAGCUGCUGCUGUACGCGCGCGAGUGGAACACAAACGCUAAGCUGUGCUUGUCGGCGCAACGCUUGCUGGCUGCAGUGUUGAAGCACCACCCCCCAGCAACGCUGAUGCAGAUCCCAGGAAUCGGGGAGAUUCUGGACGGGCUGCAGCCAUACACGCAGCGCCACCUGGCGCGUCUCGAGCGCGUGUUGCGGAGCUCCUACCUCGUUGACUACACCCUCGCCGCCCUCACCAUGCUACAGCCGACCGCUGACCUGGCGGUGCAUGCUGACGUGGUGCUACAGCCGGGUGCUGAGCUGGCGCUGAUGGGCGGCAAAGCCCCCCUGGCGCUACAGGCCAAAGCUGCCGCCAAGGAGAGGCCAUCUGGUCUGGAAGUAUUGAAGGAGAAGGCGAGGAGGGAGAGUGAGAGGAGGGAAAGAGGUGAGAGGAGGGGAGGGGAGGAGGGGAAGGGAGAUGGGAGUGAGAAGGGAGGAGGGGAGUAUAGCGAGGUGGAUGCUGCUAUGAAGAUGUGGAGGUAUCUGGAGAGUAAGAGAGAGGAGGGGUUGAAGGGGAAGGAGGGUAAGGGAGAGGGGGAGGAAGAGGAGAGGGAGGAUGGGGAAGAGAAGUUGGAGGAAGGGGAAGAGGAUUUGGAGGAAGGAGAGGAGGAAAGGGAAGAUGGAGAGGAGAAUGGGGAAGUAGAGGGGAGUGAGGAGGACGAGGAAGAAGGUGGGGAAGAGGAAGGAGAGGAGGCAGGGGAGGAAGAGUCAGAGGAAGAGAUAGAAGAAGAGGAAGAGGAAGGAGAGGAAGGGGAAGAGGAAGGAGAGGAAGGGGAAGAGGAGGACGCAGGAGAAGAGGCAGAAGAAGAAGCAGAAGGGACAGGGGAGGAGGAAGAGAGCGAAUCAGAGGAGGAGGAGGAGGAGGAGCACCGUGGCAGGCAGGCAAGAGUCCAAGCCACGGUGCACAAGGGAAAGGGGGGGGUUGAGAAGCGAAUGAGCGCGGCACACAAAGGUCCGGCGGCACAGAAGCGUGUUUCCAAGAGCAAAGCACAGGCAGCAGCAGGACAUGCUGUGCCUAGCAAGAAGCAGAGGAUGAGAUGA